AUGAAAUUAUUUGUUGUAUUAUUAGUUUUAGUUUUAGUUAAUUUAAUUAGAUCAGAUGAAAUUAAACUAAAUUCAAAUUCAAAUUCAGUUAUUAAUAAUAUUAUUCACAGUGGUAGACUUUUAAAAUUUGAAGGAAAGUUCAAUUAUAGCGACAAUACAACAUUCGAGUCAAUAACAUUAAGCAAUGAUCUUAAUCAACCAUUAAAUUGUAGAGUUAUCGAUUACAAUGAUAUAGAAAUCAAAUGUUUAUUGGAUCAAUAUAAUAAAGGAUGUUUAAACACAGUCCAUAGCGAAAAGUUAGUUGGAUUCAAUCAAGGUUUUAAAGUUAUCGAUAAACAAAUCUGCAAUAAACCAUAUGUACAUAAAGUCAUUAUGACAUUAGAAGAGAAUGAACAACAAUUUUUAAUAUCAAUUCUUGGCGAUAAUUUAGGAGAGUAUCCAAACUUGGGUAUUAUUUUGGGUUCAAAAGAAAACAAUUUCAAUAAAGAAAGCAACCACCAAGUUUCAGUAUGGGACGUCAACAGAAGAUCCCCAUUGACCUCUCACGACCUUAAAUCUAUUUCAAACGAAAUCAACAAAGACACCUACUACCAAUUUACCACCCUUCAAACCCACUAUGCUUUUGUCGUUGUAAAGGUAGAUUACAAUGUAGCCAUCAAAUUCAAACAACAAUAUGAAAGCGAUAAAUCUUUAAUCAGCUUUUUAGUAUUUUCACACUCUAGUGACCACACCGACACCAACCAUAUUCACAUUGAACCAAUCCAUUGGGAAGAUAUCGAAAUUAGAGUAAACAACAGAUUUUUAUUUUUUAUUAAAUGUUUUUCAACCCUUAUGACUGGUCUCACCGCAUUAGUUUUAAUUAUUGUUUUCAUGGAUAAAAAGAAAUCAAAAGUACAAGAAUAA